GUCAUUCAUGCUCAAAAAAACCUAUCAAGUUGAUUUAAUAGGUGUGGUAGCUUUAAUUAUGAUUAAAAGCUUUACCAAAGCAGACAAGCUGGCAGUUUUCAAGUGAACUUGGUUGGAAUCAGGUCGAUUUGUUGAGCAGUAGCCAUGAUGAUAUUAGUGGGUUUGUGCCUGACCUUCGUUCAUGUGGUCUUUGUUGGGAUUUACUUCUACCUAACCCGGUACCACAAAUAUUGGGACAAACGGGGAGUAGUCACCGCUCAACCGGUGUCCAUUUUGGGCACAUAUCCUGGCCUUCUGCUUAAUAAAACACGCAGUUUCAUACUUGAAGUCCAGGAUGUCUAUGAUAAAUACAAGAAUGACCACAGAGCGGUAGGCACUUUCAUCACGCGUCAGCCGCAACUUCUUAUUUUGGAUCCCGUCCUGGCCCAUGAAAUUUUGGUAGACAAGUUCAGCCAUUUUCGCGACACCAUAACCAGCAGUUUUGUGUCUCACAAUUCGGAUGACAAGUAUGUGGAGAGGUCACCAUUCUUCAGUGCUGGUGAUAAGUGGAAACAAAGACGCACCGAAGGCGCCGGCGGCUUGACACCGAAUCGGCUGAAACAGGCCUUCACCAUUUGGGAAAAGAGUGGUCAGAAGCUGGUCGAGUAUAUAGAGAGAGCUAUAAAGGAGAAGGGCGAUAUCAUCGAAACCAAGGAUCUAGCCUAUCGAUUUACGGCAGCCACGAUGGGGGACUUUAUAUGGAGCAUCGAUGCUGGUUCACUCAGCGGCAAGGUUGGUGAGAUUGGAAUCUUUCAGAAGACCUCCUCGGAUUGGACCGUCCAUGCUUUUAGUUCGAUGAUUCGGUUUAACAAAAGUCUGGUUGCACCUUUUGUGAGAAAGUUGUGUGGUAUGCGAUUUUUCACUAAGGAAUCAGAUAAGUUCUUCCUGAAAUUGACCGAGGAUAUGGUGAAUUUUCGGCAAGAAAAUUUCGGAGAGGAUCGGGAGGACUACCUAUCCCAUCUCAUCCAACUGCAGAAAAGGGGAAAUUCCAUCCACGACUCUGUGGGUCAUGCCCUAACCGUUUACUUGGAUGGAUACGAAACAUCUGGAGCUCUUCUAUACCACAUGCUAUAUUCGCUGAGCGAGAACCGUGAAGAGCAGGAAAAGUUGCGCUCGGAAAUACUUGAUGUCUUGCCCACCGAAGGCACUAUCAGCUACGAGCAGCUCAAUGCCCUGCCCUAUCUGGAUCAAUGUUUCAAUGAAUCGCUGCGACUGACCACCCCAAUUGGUUUCUUUAUGCGGAUCUGCACCAAGCCCAUCCAAAUUGAUUUGGGGAAUGAAAAAAAGGUAGACCUAGAGCCGGGCAUCACGGUGUUGAUUCCCGCCUAUCAGUACCACCACGAUGAAGACUUAUAUCCGGAGGCCAGUGGAUUCCGGCCGGAGAGGUUUGAGAAUGGAGCGGCGAGUUUGCUCAACAAACGUGGAUGCUUUCUUCCCUUUGGUGAUGGUCCUCGAAUCUGCUUGGGAAUGCGUGUGGGACAACUAACUGUUAAGAUGGCCAUCUUCCACAUUCUUUCUAAUUAUCAGGUGGAACAGACGAAAAAGGUGCCCAUGGGCGCAGAUACUGGCUUAGGAAUUUUCCUCAAUGGCGAUGUCGAACUGAAAUAUACCAAAUUGCAGAAGUAAAGAGGACACGUUUAUUUCUGUA